AUGGCGAUAGCGCUGGAGAUUGUUGAUGGUCUGGGUGCUGGAGCUGCUCAGCAAGCGUUACUGAAGAUAGCGGUGGAGAAGGUGUCGCGCCUUCGUAAAGAGGACUUAUGCUCGUCUAAGGCGCUUCCUCUCCUCUGGAAGUGGGUCAUUCAAUGCGGUGACCAGACGAUGCUCGACACGGUCGCAUCCAAGUUCAAGCAAACGCCGCCGAGCCUCCUCCAGCCCGUUAUCGAGUCGUUCUCGCAGCAUCUCGGUACUCUCCCUGCUUCGGACGACAGAUUUGUGGCGCUUUCUGCGAUUGCUAACAAGAGAAUCGAAUGGUUGAAUAUCCAGCUCCAAGCGUUGGGUAAACCGUUCUCUUGGGAGAUGCCGGACGCUUCCUUCCCCGACAACGCGAGAAUUCAAGCAUUUUUACGAGGCCCUGAGAGCUCAAUGGAUACCAACGGAGUUCGUCACUUCAACGGAGUUGGCCAUGCCCGCAACUACGCCGAAACGUGGAUGCGUGAGAAGCAGGUGAACGCUUCGUUCACCUUGGAAGCUGAAGGCCGAGGCGGAAGUGCGUAUGUGGUCAUUACGAAGACUCGAGCGUGGCUGUCUGAGCACCAAAAGGAACUGUUGAAGCACAAGACGGAGCUGGCCCUGCUUUCGGCAAGGUUUGGAGCUGCCGAAGGUGCUGCAAGCGGUGGUGCCAGAAAACGAGCACGACACGAGUAA